UUAUUCUAAGUAGAACAAUGUUGAAAAGCAAUGUACCUCCUGCUCCCCCAAAGGAAAAUAUUUGGAUUUACACACAACUUCUAAGUUUUCUGUAUCUUGAAAAACCCUCCGCUCGGAAAAGAGUUUAUCAUAUGUUCCUGUCGACUGAAAAGGAUUGACAAAAUAACUACGAUAGGGUACGAAAAAUAUACGAAAAUAGAAAGGACAUAAAAAUCGUAAAUCAGUUAACCGAAAACUCGCUCUGUGCGAGAACCUUAUAUCGUAGGGUUCAGAAAAUGUUCUCAGAUGCUACUUGGAACAAGCAGGGCAAUGUUUUCGAAACCGAGAUGACUUCGGAUACAGAUAUCUGGGCACUUUCAAGAAGGUUGAAUGAGAUUCGCUCCGAGGAUGAUGAAAGACUCUUCAAUUACAUCAAGUUUCUGAGUGUUAGAAAGAGUUAAACUAUUUGUAUUAAUUGUGAAAUUAUAUAUUAAAUAAACAUUUCAAAAAAAAGUAACAGAUUUUUAAUCGUCGAAUGGUCUACAUAUAAAGUUCACCCUAAUCUGUAAACAGAUGUUAUUGUAAGUAACCAUUCACACACAUGAUGUCAACAAUAAGCGAUGACUAAUAUUGAGCUUUUGAUUUUAGUUGAAUGUGAAAUUAUUUCUAUCGAUCAAUAAAAUAAAUGUUAGGUUCACUCAUAAUUCAGUAUUCUCGUAGAACUUUAAAAAGAAGGUACAAACUUAAUAUAGCAAAGAUUUCAAGCAAUGGAAAAGGAAGAUCAACAAUAUAAUAUAUCAAAACCAUCCGAAGCACCAGUGCUUAAUAUUUCGGGAAAGGUGGAACCAAAGCGCAAUCCUCCUCGUAGUAGGGGUAAAAAGCAACCGGCUGCUGUCCCUUCUACAAUUUCCGUAGUUCCUGAACAGCCAAAAAUUAAUCCGACGACAUUUCCAUACAUCAUGGGCAGGGUCCUGUUAAAAACCAAUGAUCCACCUGCAGCUGUGCCGAAAGUAAAUCCAUCGGACUUUAGGCAGUUUCUUUGCGUAUUGCCUCUUGAAAAGCCAGCUUGCAGAAAACGAGCAUAUCACUUGUUUAUAUCCAAUCAAAAUGAGUUGGAAAACGACUCGCAAAAUGUGCGAAAAAUUUACGAGAACAGAAAAGACAUCAAGAUUGGAGAGCAGAUUCAUUUGGACGCCCUUUGUGCGCGAUCACUGUAUCACAGAGUCCAAAAUAAACUAACCGAUGUGCAGUGGAACAAACAGCGAAAUAUUUUUGAGACUGAAAAGAUCGGGGAAAGAGAUGUCUGGAACAUGUCGCAGAAAUUGUAUCAGUUUGAAAACGAGGAAAGGGAAAAGCUUAUUAAUUUUGCAAAGUUCCUGGUCGCCACGAAUAGCUGACCAGAUAGUCUUCGAUUUUUUAUCAUUAAUUCUUUCUGAGCAAGCUGAAGAAGAGUUCCCUAAUAAUAUACAUAGAACGGAUCUCUUAUGAAACACAAUUGAUAGGCAGAUUGUAAACAACUUUAUUUUAAAUUACAGUGAUUACCAAUGAUAAAAGUUGUUUAAAUUGAUUUAAAAGCUUACAAAUAAAUGAAAUUAAACUUGUACCAAUGAUAUAUAUUGUUAAAAUAAACUCAAAUUCUUUAAAUUAAA